AUGGGUAUGCUUAGUCCGGAUCAACUCAAAUCCUUCAACUCUCAUGGUUAUCUUGUGAUUGAAUCCUUUGCUACUGAAGAUGAGAUUCAAACCAUGACAAAGAGGAUGGAACAGUUGGUUGAUGAAUUCGACCCUGCCUCCACCGCCUCUAUUUUCUCCACCAAAAACCAGCAACAGUUGACUGAUGAUUAUUUUUUCCAGAGUGCUGAAAGAGUUUCGUUCUUCUUCGAGGAGAAAGCUUUUGGGGACGAUGGUAGCUUAAAGCAGCCAAAGCAAGUUUCCCUCAAUAAAGUUGGUCAUGCACUUCAUGAGAUUGAGCCUGCAUUCAAGAAAUUUUCUUCUUCUGAGAAGACUUCAAGUUUGAUGAGCUCUUUAGGUUACAAGAGACCGGUAAUCAUGCAGUCUAUGUAUAUAUUUAAGCAACCUGGCAUCGGGGGUGAAGUAGUGCCACAUCAAGAUAACUCUUUUAUUUAUACUGAACCACAAACAUGCACAGGGCUGUGGCUGGCUUUAGAAGAUGCAACCUUAUCAAACGGUUGCCUUUGGGCAAUUCCCGGAUCUCACAAAAACGGGCUUGUUAGAAAAUUCUAUAGAGAUGAAGAUGGUGUUAAAUUCGAUCGACCAUCACCAUCUUAUGAUAAAAAGGAUUUUGUUCCUAUUGAAGUAAAAGCUGGAUCUUUGGUUGUCAUCCAUGGCAAUCUUAUCCACCAAAGCUUUGAAAACCAGUCCCCGAAAUCAAGACAUGCGUAUAGCUUGCACGUGGUAGAUACGGAUGGCUGCAAAUGGGCAUCCGAAAACUGGAUCAGACGGAAAGUGGAGCCAGAACCACUCUAUGUAAACUAA